AUGUCUUUAGCAUCCAAAACUGCCUUGCGCAGCGCUCUUCGCGCUAGGGUGGCACCGUCUCAUGUUCUCUCGGCCCCAGCUGCUGUCCGGAUACCUCAGAUGUCUGCUUCCUGCCGCCCAUUCCACAGCACACAGCAACGGCGGAACGCGAAACCAAUGAACCCCAAACCUACGGAAAACCCUGCUACCGAAAUCAAGCCCCCUAAAGAUGCCAACUUUGGCAGCAGUCGUUUUACCGACUUCAAUUUGAAGGGCCGGACUUUCAUCGUGACUGGAGGUGCGCAGGGUCUUGGCUUGAGCCUGGCGGAAGCACUUGUGGAAGCAGGUGGCAAGGUGUAUUGCCUGGAUCGGCAAGAGUCGCCCCACGAAGAUUAUGGAGAAGCCAUGAAGCGUGUCAUUCCCGAAGUUGGUGGUUCGCUGCACUACCGACAGGCGGACGUCGUCGACGCCAAAGGACUAGACAAGACAAUCACCGCCAUUGCAGAAGAAAACCAGGGUCUGGACGGUUUAAUAGCUGCUGCCGGUAUCCAACAAAUCACGCCCGCCCUCGAUUAUACUGUUGAAGACAUCGACAAGAUGUUCUCAGUUAACUACACGGGUGUAUUUAUGACCGCACAAUCCGCCGCUCGACAGAUGUUCAAGUACAAGAACCAUGGUAGCAUUUGCUUGAUUGCCAGUAUGUCGGGACUUAUCGCCAACCAUGGUCUGCUUUCGCCCGCAUACAACUCCUCAAAGGCUGCCGUCAUCCAGCUCGGCCGAAACCUGGCCAUGGAGUGGAGCCCGAUGAGGAAGGAUGGCUCUGGCGGCAUCCGAGUCAACUGCAUCAGCCCCGGUCAUAUCAUCACACCGAUGGUCGAGCAGAACUUUAGAGAAGUGCCCGGUUUGAAGGAGGAGUGGGAGAGCCACAACAUGUUUGGACGACUUGCCGAGCCAAACGAGUUCAAGGGCGCUGGGUUGUUCUUGAUGAGCAACGCUAGCACUUUCAUGACGGGCAGCAACAUCGUUAUCGACGGCGGUCACACUGCGUGGUAA